AGGUGAGGUUGCGCGAGAUCUCUGCGUGGCGCGUGGCGCGACGCUCGGCUUCCGGCGCUUUGACGUUCGUCGCGGUUCCGCUCGCGUGGAAAGUCGUCACGGGCAGCGGGGAGAGAAAGGAAAGGAUCGCCGUGACGUGCCGCGCUCGGUCGGAAUCGUGCCUGCGGUGCCUGCCCUCUCUCCUCUGUCUCGCUCUCGCGCACGUCGAGAUGUCCGCGUACUCGUGAGAUCGUGUCCGCGCGCGGCCAUCGACGUCGACGAGGACGAGAACGAAGACGUUUGCUCCGCCGUUGAUAAGGAACCCGUGAGCCUCUGGUGGUAGAAGUGGCGGCUGCGGCGGUGGCGGUGGCGGCGGCGAUAGUGGUGAAGAACAAUAAUGCGUAUACCGAACGCGUGGAGACGGCAGCGCGAGCGACGAUAGCUGUAGAUCUCAGGAAUUGCUGUAAAUUAAGUCACACUGUCCUGCAGGCAGUAUGAAUAAUCCCUAUCGAGCUAGACCCACCAGGCCUCGAGUGGAUCAUUCGGCUGCAUAUGGAAUGCACAAUCAAAAUAUGUGGAUGCCAGUGUCUAGGUCUCAGUCGGACGUGCCAUCGAAUGAUACUACCCAGCAACCUCAUAUAAAUCAAUCAAAACAUGCAAGCGAUACAUGGAAAGAUCCCUGGGAUUGGAAUUUGGAUCAACAAUCGGAUACCCAGCAGCAGCAACAGCAAUCAUCACCACAGCAACAGCAACAUUAUGUACCUUCAUAUCAAAAUCAGGGACAAUUGAUAUCUAAUUCUGUGCAAAACCAUUAUUAUAAAAAUCUUAAUGGUGACACAUCCGAUGUACUUAAUCAGAACUCUAUGUCAGAUAGAAAUACUCCUAGGCCGGAGACUGCUCGUCAGACCGGACCGAAUCACAUGGAAUUUUUCCCACCUUAUGCGAAUUAUAAUCAAAAUCAACAGUAUCCAUUGACAUCUCGACAGAACAACGCUCAAUGGCCAGGCGAGCCUCAGUCGCAGAAUGCAGCUUACGUCCAGCAGAAACUCGUGUCACAACAAAAUCAGAAAGAUCAAUCGAUACAUCCGCCAUCAAUGGCGUCGCACAGUAAUUAUAAUUGGGGUAAAGACGACACGGCGAGCUUGCCGAUGCAACGUAGUUGGCAGAAUCACAACGAUAUAUUAGGACAGUGGCAGGAUCAAAAUGUGCCGCAGGAGAUGCAAUCACUGGUCGACAAUAUAGGCAACCAAUGCGCGCAAUCACCGCAAAUGUACAACGCACCAGUCGAGGGGAUCAACAAGGAACAUUCCAUGAAUUGGUCUGCCAAUGAACAGCAGGGUAACGAAGCGGGUAGUAAGUCUAACGCCGCAUCAAGUCAGUGGCAGAAUCAAAAUCGCGAACCCCAUCAUCAAUCUGCGCAUCCAGUACAAACGAACGUAAAUAACGUAGACGACACGUUUGCUCCUUGGCCGCAGUCAAGCAGUAUCAGUGUCUCGCACGAUUGGAGACAUUCUAACGUGCAAAGCGAAUCCGCACAUCCCACACAAUGGUUGCAGCCGACGGCCACGGAAAACGUGCCACAGGAUAAUGGUGUUAAGUUUGCCGCGAAUGAAUGGCAACAGCAUAGCACGGCGCCGUUUCAUUAUGCUCCAGUAUCCACAACUGUACCCACGACUGUAGAAAAUAUUGUACAUACGCCCAAUAGCAAAGAACAGCAAGAAAAUGAGAAGCAAGUAGCUUCUAUCGCGAGUACUGUGUCACCUCACGACUCGAUUAGUCACGCGAAAUUGAGCGACAUCAAAUCACCGAUUAGAGAUUACCAUAACUUGAACGUAUUGACUGAUGACACGUUAAAGAAUGAUACGAAAACCAUUUCUAUCGGCGAGAAUGAUGAUCGCACUUUCGUCCCUACAGCGGCAGAGGAAUUAACUAGCAACUUCGGUCAACUUAAUCUCGGAAGCAAGUCGGGAAAACACGUGGAUCCUUUAGGCGAACCGUUAGAGAUGCAUUCGAGUUCCAUGGAGGGGAGAGCUCAACAUCCGACUGCUAAUUUUAAUAUCGCGAAUAUACGAAGCAACUCCGUUCCCGAUAAUAUCCCCAUAUUGCCUCUGGAUUAUGCUCCAAGCGGUACAGAGAAUUCCGUCGACAGCCAACCGGUUGCCGGUCAAGAGCUAAUACCCGAUACAUAUCAAAGUGGUGCUACUAAGAUAACAGAAAGUAUCUCACAAAGCGGAUAUGAUCAAUGGUACAAUCAAACCACAUUGGAGAAUGCGUGGUAUGCGAAAGAUCAUUCGCGUCCACCUCCCAAGCAGUGGAACACGCCUGAGCAGAAUGUGGAAAACUAUGAGAACAUUCAGCAAACAUCCGAUUUCAUAAACAUUGAGGUUGUUGCGCCAACGAUGAUGAAGGAGCGCGACAUCUACGGUUCGCGAGAUUCUAUAAACAAAGAAACAUUGGAUAACGAUCCCAAGCCGAGCGCGAGUCCUAAAGAAGCGGCGAAUAUUCGAGACUUCAGAGAGGAGGUGAAUAACGUUGAAGUACUGUCGAUGCAGCAACAGCAACAACAAGCGCGAGCUCACCCGCCUCUGACUGAACAGAUGCCGGACAACUAUGAAUUUGCUUCGAAUGAUAGAAACACAUUUCUGGAGACGGGCGAGUUAACAGACUCGCAUCAGGAACACGAGCCAACUCCACCGAGUCAGGAUGACGAGAAUGACGAAGUGCCUAAUGAUAUCCCCUUCCUGCGCGAAGUGCCGGGGCAAUCGAGUACCAUAGAUCCACGCAGGAACGAUCCUACGGGUCAGGAGCAGAGUAUGCAAGUCAGGAACAUUCCCGACAGAGUGGAGCGUCGUGACGUUCUUCCAGGGCAGGAAAGGAACGUCUCUCUAUUGUUACGAGGCGACUCAGACACGCUAGAGCGGCGGAACGAUCCUUCGGGAAGAGAACGCUCUCUUCCGCCACAGCAAUCAAGAAAUGAUCCAUCGGGCGAGGAGAGAUAUCAGAUAUCAUUACAAUCACAGAUAAUGCUGGAGCCGAGCGAGACCCGCGAGGUACUCGGCAGAGGCAACGAGCCCGACGAAGUCGCUCAGCAAACGGACGCGGAGCUCAGACAAAUACCAGGUGGAGCAUCCUCCAACGACGUUACGCAGUUGCCGGACGACAGAACGACGACCGGUGGUAGAGUAGUUACCGGCUCCCCUCCGGAAGCUCCUCCGAUAAUGUCCGCGAUGCAGGAUCAGACUAGCGGCGAGUCGCGAAGCAAGCGCGAGGAGGCGGUCGGCGCAUCUCUGGAGAGUGGAAACCAAGGUGUCUCGGGUUCGUCGAUUCGCCGGGAUUCUUACGAAGACGAGGAAGACGAGGGAUCUCGCAACAGUCGAGAUGAGAGCAGGGAGAGACGACGGGAGGCAAGUCCCGACCGUCGACGAUACGAAUACGACCGGAAGAAUCCGUAUUACGACCGCGAUCGCGAGUACGAGGACGAUUAUUAUUACGAGCGUCGACGUGUAGGCGACAAUGAUCGUCAAUAUAAUGCCCGCGAUGACUUCGAGCGACGGGAUGUUCCGUAUCGGGACGACGAGCGUAAGCAUCACAGUCGCGACGAUCUGGAUCGACAUGGUAGAGAGGAUAUGGAGAGAAGAGUCCGAGGGAAAGAGGAUUCGGACGAAAGGGACGGCAGAAGGAGACCGGAUGAGCGCAGAAGAGACAGAGGUGAUGAUCCGCGUCGUCGAGACAGAGAUCCGAGAGAUUACCGAGACGAUCCACGAUACUCUAGAGAUCCUAGAGAUAGAGAAUACAUGGAUCGUGAUAGAAGAAGGGAUGAUAGACGACCUCGAAGAUAUGACGAUUACGAUAUCAGAGAUCCAUAUAGAAGAGAUUAUUACGAUGAUCCUUAUGGAAGAAGUUCUAGGCCUUCAAGUAGGUCCUCCUACAACGAUAGAGAUCGCGAAUAUUACAUGCGUGCAAGGGAUCCUUAUUAUGCAUAUAAUGGUUAUGGUGGAUAUGAUUACGGUGCUCAUUACGGCAACAAUUAUUACGCAUAUCUUGAAAACCUACGUCGGACGAAUCCUGCCGCCUAUUCCGAGUGGUAUCAUAAAUAUUAUGCCAGCCAACAACAGCAACAGCACAUCGCUAGAGGUGUUAGCAGUUAUCCGGAGGAUAGAGCUAGUGUUCAUUCCGGUCGUAGUUCCUGUGAUGACAGAACUACUGGAGAUAAACGAACAUUAGGAGAUAUGUCUUUGUUGGAGGAUCCAAUAACUUCUGCUCGAUUAACACCGACUAAAUAUUCCACGUCUCAUGCAUAUGGAUGUUUUUCCAUUGGAUCUUUGAUACAUGUUCAUCCAAGCUAUCCAGCUGAUGGCGAGAGAGCCAAAGUAGACGUUGUCCGUGUAGAUAAUUUACUCGUGCAUGAUCCCGUUGCACGUGAUUUACGAUCAUAUCCGGGACCUCUAAUUAAUGGCGUAACGCACAAGAAGACUAUUAUAGAAUAUUGCGAAAAUAAAAUUAAGAAGGCAAUGAUAAAUGAAGAAAUGAUCGAUCGCGCUUCAUACAUUUUGUUAUACGAACUGAUGAUUAUGCUGAUUCAACAAAAUGGAAAUGUCGUUGGCGUUGACAUUGCCGGGCUCUUGCUACGUAAUAAAGAUGCUUAUCCUUACGAUGCAAAUAAACUCAGGUCUCAAGAUGUAGGACGUAGAGAAUCGCAAAUAUCGCAACGAUCCGGUGCAACAGGCAGCGAUGGAAGUACCCAGGAUAUUUCGGUGUUAUCCGAGAAAACUGAAACUAAGCAGCGAAAAACCGUAGAGCAAAUAACAGACGAAUUCAGAGAUACAUUACUCUAUGGACGGGUUCAAGAAGCAUUAGAAUAUGCGAUGAAUGAAGGACUUUGGGGCCAUGCUCUCUUCUUGGCUAGCAAACUAGAUAAACGCACGCACGCUUCUGUAAUGACUCGUUUUGCAAACAGUCUGCCACCACAUGAUCCGCUGCAGACUUUGUACCAACUGCAUUCUGGUCGUGUACCUGCUAUAGUCACGUGUGUUGCGGAUCCACGCUGGGACGAUUGGCGACCUCAUCUAGCUAUGAUUAUUUCUAAUACUUCGGCCAAUCCAGAAGUUAAUCGUCGAUCAAUAACGACUCUUGGAGACACAUUAUUCGCGAGAGGUGAUAUCCACGCCGCACAUUUCUGUUACAUUCUCGCGCAAAUUGAUUUCGGAGCUUACGGAACUAAUGGAGUUAAACUCGUGUUGAUCGGCGCAAAUCAUAACAAGACAUAUUCUGAAUUCUUUACUAUGGAAGCUGUCAUGUUAACGGAGAUUUACGAAUACGCUCGGAAUCUUAGCGAUCCGUCUUUCACAUUAGUAGACCUUCAAACAUUCAAGUUUGAUCUAACCGUGAAGAUGGUGGACUGUGGAUUAAUAGAAAAGGCUCUACUGUAUAUUGAACAGAUUGCAACGAAUAUUGCGAACGAUCCAUCGAAAUAUAAGAAAUCUUUCAUCGAAGCAGUUUAUGUAUUGGGUGAUAGAAUCAAAUACCAUGAUCCGGUCUAUAAGGAUGCUAUUGAAGAUGCUGCGAAUGUAAUGUGGCUUAAUAAAUUGGCAGAGAUAGUUGGAAGAUAUCAGGAUGAAGAAAUUGUCGAGGAAGAAACGUAUAAUUCUCGUCCCAUGAUAGAAAAUCAAGAAAUUCAUGAAAUGAAACAUCAGCAACAGCAACAAUUAUUACCACCAUCGCAACAACAAUGGACUACCGCUCAACCCGAUUAUGGUGAUGGACCUACGUCAAUGAUGGAAAUUAAUACGAAUGAAAUACAAUCAGAUUGGCAGCCGUUAUCCUUGCCCACAAACAUUCAAGAUACAUAUGAUCCGAACGUGCAAUAUAUGAGAAAUGUGGAUGAAUCCGUUCAAUAUCAGCAGACGCAGCAACAGGAUUAUUGGGGUCAGCAGUCGUAUUAUCAAAAUAAUUAUGGAAGAAAUGAAACCGCGCCAUCUAAUUGGCAGCAACAGAGCGCGUCAGGCUUAACUGCAGAUCAGACUGAAAUCGAUAAUUCGCAACAGCAAGAGAAAUGGAACUAUAAGGCGGAAAGGGAAGACAAAACGCCCACCCCUGAACCUGCGCAGCCAGCAAUCUCUAUGACACCGUCGACGGGUAAGCAGUACGAUCCAUUGGAGGAGUUGGACGCGCUUGAAACACCACGGCCGGCUGCUAAACCCGCGGCGGACACGAAGAAAACGGUCGAGAAGCCGAGCGAGAAGAAACCCGUCAACAGUGGUGGCUCUUGGUUCGGUGGUUUGUUCAGUAAACUCGCGCCCAAGCCGAAAAAUCAAAUGAUAUUGCCGGACGACAGCAACCCGACGAUUGUGUGGGAUCCCGUCGCUAAGAAAUGGACGAACAAGGAUGAAGACGGAGAUAGCGGUGCCGGAACGUUGGCUCCACCGCCGAAAGUAUCCGAUAUGAGUUUCCGAUCGUCGACAGCGGAGCGCAAUACACAACCACCUUUACCGCCUGCACACAACGAGGAUGCACCGGCGACGGACAUUUCAAAAUUAUCUACUGGUAACAAUAUGUUUAAACUGCAAAAGGGUAGGAGUAUGCGUGCCAAUUACGUAGACAUAAUGAAUCCUGGUGGGAAACCCAAUGCGACGUCGUCCAACGUAGCUACCCCCAUGACGUCUCCGCUCGUACCUAUGGCUACCUCGUCUCCGCAGCUGUUCAUCCCCGCGCCAAUUAAUGAUCCAACCGCUCCUGUGGAUUUUCUGACUCCUGCAGCAACACCGCCGUCUGGAAACACCGCCGCGGAAAAUACCCCACUCUCUCGCUGGAGCUCAACCAGCUCGUUAUCACGAGAGGUGCAGAGCUACACAAUGAGGGAUCCGCGGCUCCUUCUACGGAACAAGGGACCAAUGAUGUUCAAUCCGAGUGACAUGAAGGAUCGUUCGGUGAAGAACAUGCCACCUAACAGAUAUCAUCCACGAUAAUUUUUGCGGCCGCUUAUGCAGAUAAUUUGUUAUUUAAAUUAGGAAGUUUCUUAUUACCUUGCAGUUGUAUUUAAUGUGAAUAUCUUUCUUGUAGAGAACGUGACAACAAUAGUACAUUUUUUUCUUUAGAACGAUUGCGUAUAGUGCACACAGUUUCGAAAAGAUGUGUAUUACUCAAAUGACACAAAAAUCCAGAAAGUUUGCAAUAUCUUUUAGACGCUUUCACGAUAUUUUUCACAUACUUGCGUUGUCUAGAUAAAUUUUUACAUUUGGAAUUUUGUUUCACUUUCGUUUCUUUGUUAUAUUUAUCGUAUCAAAUUGAAUAUUAUGUUAAAAAUGUAUUCUAAACAAGAUAUAGAAGAAUUUCCACGAUAUAGGAGAAUUUUAAAGUGAUGCAAUGGUGGCAUAGAUAAUUGAAUCCGAGCACGUUCAAUGAUUUGUAAACUAGACGCUUCUAUUGCACACUUCGAUUAGAGGGAUGUGCUCUUGCCUGAUAGAUUUUCGCGGAAUGUUAUUUCGUGUGCAAUGUAACAAAUUUAUUUAAAAGUUACGCGAUGAUUUCCAUUUCCGAAAAACACGUGUUUCCACAGGAUGAUUACCUGUGCAUUUGCUAAUCGUUACCCAUCAUUGAUCAUCACCGUGGAAAUGCGCGAGUGCAUUCCCGUUACUACGUUUGUCUAGCUUAUAAGUCGAAACCGGAGUCGAUGUCAUGCGAAGAAUCAAGUUUGAAACUGAGCGCGAGUGAGAUGUAAAGUUAAUGUUUUUACUUGCAAUCGGAUCCUAUCUAAGUUACGAUUAAAUAAUUCCUCGCUUCGAAGAGUGUCUUGUAAAUGCGUGAUGAUAGAGGGAGGAUUGUAGCGCCGAUCAUAGCUUAACUAUAUCACAGAAUUUGUUACAACACGGCCUCGGUAUAUGCUGUAAUUCUAAGUCUGAUUUUAUAUGUACGAGAGAGAAGGGAGUGCCGAAAAAUACGAGAUGUUAGAGAUAUGAGAAUUUUAUCGAGGGGGAGGAGGGGUGAAAUAGCACGUUUAACGAGAAAUAUGUAUGAUAGGGAUACUGUUGUUAGAUGUCGGGCUCAUAUAUUAUGAAAUAAUAUUGAUACACCAAUAAUACGCAACUGCCAUCAAAGUGCGAAAUGAGUAACGAGAUGCGUUCCCACUGAUUCAAUCGCGUUUUAAAUUUGUAAGAUACGUACGUUGAUGUCUAUCUCCGCGAGGAAUUUGAUAGUUGCGGAUGUUGAUAAAGAAACGCGUGAAGGAAUAGACAUAAUGAUUUUAGUGACUUUUCGCCGGGAUAUCUUUAUCGAAAAAUAAGUAUCUUGGAAGAUGUUUAUUUUUCGGCUAAGAAAGAAUACUUCGCAAAAGUAAAAAGUAACUAUUCACUUGGCU